GAAAUAUUUCCCCGACAUCACGCCCAAAGCAGCCUGGAUGCUGGCAGGCACCACGCGGUUCUACAUGCUCCUUUAUUUCACCUUCCAGUCACCUACUGAGAGCUGGGACAUCCGCUCCCGGAGACCUUACUAGCAUUUAGCAAACCUUGCUCCCACCUGCCAGAUUCAGCUUCCUAAGCCCCCCCAAAAGUGGCACCCCUCUCCCCUGCAGUGAGGUCUGCAUCCAGCCCUGGAUGGGCGAUGUGAACCUGCAGCAACAUGCUGGGAAACGGAGGCUGCCUGGGUAAAACAACAGCCGGCCAGAGGGAAAUCCUGCCAGACUCUGCCUGCAGAUGGUCUCUUGGCCACCCGAUGACCUUAAAAUAUGCGUGAAGCAAACAUAGCGUAUUGGAAUUAAUGCAAGGAGAUGAACCUCUGAGUGGCGUGCUGGCUGGCUGCUCGCACUCCUACAGCCGUGUGUCAGGCAGGACCACUGGAUCAUUGCAGCUGAGGAAGACCCUGGGAAACCUGGUCUGGUCGGGCAGCGCGCUCGGGGAGCCGUUCAGGCAGGCUCCGGAUGUUUACCUGCAUCCAUAGUGGUCAUGUAGAAGAGCAGAUUUAAUGUGAAGAUGGGACUGUUGGUGUUUAUGCGUAACCUGCUGCUAGCCCUCUGCCUCUUUCUGGUACUGGGAUUUCUGUACUAUUCUGCUUGGAAGUUGCACCUUCUCAGAUGGGAGGACUCAAAUUCAGUGGUUCUUUCCUUUGACUCCGUUGGACAUACAAUAGGCUCAGGAAGGAGAGAGAGAAAAACUGUGGCUAUUGUGCUUCCGCUGUCCAUCCCAUCUCACCUUGCUGCAGACCCAGGAAAAGACAGAGCCCAGAAAGAACCCAAAGAAACAAUGGCAGCUCCAGGCCCAGCCAUUCCUAAAUAUGACAAACUGGGCUUUCUCCUGAACCUGGACUCAAAAUUGCCUCCAGAAUUGGCAUCAAAGUAUGCAAAUUUCUCUGAGGGAGUGUGCAAGCCUGGUUAUGCAUCAGCGCUCAUGACUGUCAUCUUUCCAAAGUUCUCAAAGCCGGCACCAAUGUUCUUGGAUGAUUCCUUCAGGAAAUGGGCACGUAUCAGGGACUUUGUACCCCCCUUUGGAAUUAAAGGACAAGAUAAUCUGAUCAAAGCCAUCCUGUCAGCAACCAAAGAUUACCGUCUAACUCCAGCUCUUGACAGUCUCAGCUGCCGGCGAUGUAUUAUUGUGGGAAAUGGUGGAGUACUUGCAAAUAAGUCGUUGGGGUUAAAAAUUGAUGACUAUGAUGUUGUUGUCAGGCUGAACUCGGCUCCAGUGAAGGGCUUUGAAAAAGAUGUGGGUGGCAAGACAACUCUCCGGAUCACAUAUCCUGAAGGUGCAAUCCAGAAGAUGGAGCAGUAUGAGAAGGAUUCCCUGUUUGUUCUGGCAGGAUUCAAAUGGCAAGAUUUCAAGUGGCUGAAAUACAUCGUUUACAAGGAGAAAGUGAGUGCCUCUGAUGGCUUUUGGAAGUCAGUGGCAACCCGUGUCCCAAGAGAACCUCAUGAGAUACGUAUCCUGAAUCCCUACUUCAUCCAGGAGGCAGCUUUCAGCUUCAUCGGACUGCCUUUCAACAACGGCCUGAUGGGCAGAGGGAACAUCCCCACCUUGGGAAGCGUAGCAAUAACCAUGGCACUCCACAACUGUGAUGAGGUGGCGGUAGCUGGGUUUGGCUAUGACAUGAGUUCACCCAAUGCACCGCUGCACUACUAUGAGAACAUCAAGAUGUCUGCCAUCAAAGAGUCCUGGACGCACAAUAUUCAGCGGGAGAAGGAGUUCCUGCGGAAGCUGGUGAAAGCCCGAGUCAUCACUGACCUAACCAGUGGGAUUUGAGUGGCUGCAGCCACUGCCUCCGAGGGAGGAGACGAAGAUGCACGCUGCAGCUCUGGGAGCAGGCACUGGCAGCCCCCCUGCAAGAAUCCCACCUCACUGAAGACACACAGAGACGCCCAGGUGCUCUGGGAAGACCCUCUCGUAUUGCCAGUCUGCAUGAGGGUUGCGUCUGCUGCCUCCAGGGCCCAGAGCUGGCAGGAGGUGGGCAAGGGGCUGAGUGGGCCAUUCUUGAACUCUGCAUCGCAGACGGAUCUUCUGUGUCCUGAAUUAAACAGGAAAGACUCAGGAGAGAGAAGAAAGGUUUGUGAAUAAAACGAUUUGUGCCAAAUGGGAGGUGACGCUGCCCCGAGGCAGCAAUGCCUGAAUGUACAAAGUAUUAUUUUUUAAAAGAAACUCUGCUGGAAUCAUACUAGAAAUACCAAGGUGCCAGGCACAGUCUGUUUGUGCACAGCCCUGCAAAAAGCCCAGCCUCUCCAUGCUCCAUCUGUGUCAUCACCGGCCUCAGACCUUUCCCCAGGAAGACAAAUCCGUCCAAAACUUUGGUGGUGUUGGUGCUGCUAUAAUUCAAAGGGAGAAUAAUGGCUUUUCCUCCUUCUCCACUUGGAGCUUCUGGUUGGAGAUGAGCAUGGGUUUGUUUUUCUGCACUUUUCCUUGCUUCCCGCGUAGAGGCAGCAGCAGCAGCCACGUACUUGGCUGAGUUUUCCAUAGCUGUUUGCCCUGCUCUGCCUCUGCCCUGACCCCAAGGUGGAGCAGGGAGCCGGUGGCUUUCUCUGCCUGCAGCAGACCCUCCCCACCUUCCUGCCUGUCACAGCACUGAGGAACCUGCCUCGUUGUGCGCAAGGCUUUCAGGCCUCUUGGUUUGUGCCUGCUGUGCAGAGUCCCCGUGGAGUCCAUGCAGAUUGGUGUCACUGUUUCUGGACAGCAUCUCACUUUAUUUUUGUGUGGGAGAAGAGUAGUUUGUUCUUUGGAAGGAGGUCAGAUCUUGCACAGAGAUCUGAAGCUUUACAGUUUGAGAGCAGGCUGCCGAAGAUGUUUGUUUUACGUUCCAGACUCGAUCGUGUUCCCUAUUUAAGUGACAUGUGACCUCAGUGAUGAUGGAGCCUGGUGGCAUGGGUGGGGGCCUGCUGGGAACCCUCACCCUCUGCUCGGCCCCUGCUCACUUCAUUUCCAAGCUCCUCCCGUGCUGCUCUAGCACUGCUGCUCAUCCUGCUCUCAGGAGCACGUCCCUUCCUUUGCCGUCUUGGUCCCGAGAUGCAGUAUUUGCACAUUUGAUUUGUAUAUGUAUUUCAGAGGAGCUGGAAUAAACUGAGCAACGUGGCCGAGUGCAAGGACAGCAGGGUGGUCUCGUCCACCUGAAGAGCAUGGGCAGAAGGGGGAUUGCCAGGGGAAUGGUUACAGGUGGAAAUCGGCUCUCAUGCUCUCCUAGCCUGGAGCAGGCUGGACUGCGCCUGUGGGCACUGUCCCGAACCGGGUCCCGGUGUGUCAAGGCACCGGCGUGCAGCCAGCCAGCGGGGUCAGUGGAGAGGAGAUCCCAGAGGGAUGCUGGCUGGGCUCAUGGGCCUGACGCUGCAUCUGACGUAGGCCAAGGAUUGCAGUCUGCCUUGCUCUGAGCUGAAGGGAGACCGUGGCCCUAACAUCGACAAGGGAUGCUAUGCUUUCCCUGGCAUCCCAGCUCCCCACCACAGUCAGGGACAGGUCCUGAUGGGAAGCUGUCCCUGCAGGCCAAGGAGGUGACUCCAAGCCCUUCCCUCCACCUUGGUGGGAGACUCCAGGCAGAAGUGCCCAGACUGACUAGAUGAGUGCAUGGCCCAGGGUGACUGUGGUGGGUCAGGAUCACCUGCAGGUAGAAGGAAAGAUGAUGGGGGGGUGUUUGAGGGCCAAAAGCUCCCCUGUAACUCAUUGUCCCAUUUGAUGUCGGUGGGGCAAACGCACCCACAGAGCAACCUGUGGCCGGGCUCUGGGGGUGCACACCCCAGCCCCAGGGACAGUGUGCAGCGCUGGGUUUCGCUCCUGGAUGCUGUUCCUUUGGCUGUCUCCCUGCGUGCACCUGCAGCCACCUCCCGCCCUCCAAAACGCUGCAGUCCUGCCAGCUCGGAGCAGUGCGCGGGUCAGAGCAGGGUCAGUGGGACGGAUGUGAGUCUUGGCCUCUCCCUCGCAGUGACUCACCUUUUCAGCUCGGAAGGGAGAGCCCAGGGGAAUUCUCCACAGCCUAAAUAUAGAGCGGGGUUGCCUGGCGCCUCUGACGCGCUGCGGUGCAGUGCAGAAAGGCCACUCGGGUGGCAGGGAACCUGCCUAGAGAGAGGCCGGGGAGGCACAGGGAGGCUGGGGAGCCAGCUCCCGCAGUGGGGUUUUGCUCCAGUUGGUGCAGAGAGCAGGUCUGGGGAGCCACAGGCCAGCCAGCACACACUGCUCUGGGGGAGAGGAGCUGCUGGGGAGCUGCUGCUGUGCUGACCACACUGUGAGCACGGGCAGCUUGUGCAUUUGUGGUGUACAGCCCUCCCCGGUGCCCACCACCCCAGCAUCAGACCCCCUCCACCAGCUCAUGCCAUUAGGGCUGACCAUGCUGUGGCCUCAAGCUCACACAUGCCAAACAGAGGCACCACCACCAAGGAGCACAAGGCAGCAGCGGGAUCCUCUGCAGCCCAGCAUCCUUCAGCCCAGCAUCUCUGGGCUUCCAGCAUCUCCUUUUCCCGGGAGGGUGCAGCGGGGAGGCCCUGCCCCACCGUGCUGCUUUACCCCUCUGUGCGGGCACUGGUGGGAGAUGGGAAGGUGUCAGGACAGGGCUGUCUGUCUGUCUGUAUCAAACGGGUAGGCAGGCUGGGGACAGGCAGCACUGGGGACGGGCAAGGGCUUCCAGACUGCCUGGUAGGGAGGCAAGCGCCACGCUGAGCUCCAGCAGCACCAGCACGGUACAUGCCAUCAGUCCAAGCGUGCAUCACACAGUAUUAGAGACGUGUCCUUUGGUGCAGGCAGCGUGGGCCACUACCCAGCUCCUCUGGGCACCGGCUCCUCACACAGGGACUCGCUCCAAAGGCCAGUGCGCUCGCCGGUACUGUACCAAGCUGAGAUGCAAAAACUCAAUGAGUUUUUAAAGUUAGUUUUAGUUUCUGCAAUUUUUUUUUUAAUUUCCCCUCUAGGCAGGGAGGGCAAGAGUCUUGCAGGCUCCUCCAAGCCAGCUUAUGUCACAUCAAUUCAGUCAUAUCACAGAAGCAAUAAAGCUAUCAAACAAG